AUGUCAAAGUAUCAGUCAAAACUGGAUGUUGAGAAAACACAAGAAGCAAUCAAGUUUAUUAGGAAUUGUUUCCAGAAACAAUUGUCAGCGAAACUAAAUUUGUUACGUGUAUCUGCCCCACUAUUUGUACCGGCCAACAGUGGAUUACAAGAUGAUUUAUCCGGCGUGGAACGUGCAAUUAUGUUCGAUGUUAAAUCUGGUGAGAUAGCAUUGAUUAAUCAAUCCCUGGCCAAAUGGAAACGUAUGGCAUUACACAAAUACAAACUAAAUCAAUACGAUGGAAUUUACACAGACAUGAAUGCGAUUAGACGUGAUGAAGUUAUCUCUCCACUGCACUCAUAUUAUGUAGACCAAUGGGAUUGGGAGAUCAUUAUUCAGAGAGAUGAACGAAAUGACGAAAAAUUGGAGGAAGUAGUUGAGAAGAUAUAUGACUCUAUGAAAGUGACUGAGAACAUUUUGAUAUCGGCAUACCCAGUGUUAAAUCGCAAGUUACCGGAAAAUAUUAAAUUCAUUACAACGCAAGAAUUAGAAGAUAUCUACCCCGACAAAAAACCGGAAGAACGUGAAUAUCUUGCAGUUAAACAGUACGGUGCUGUUUUUCUCAAACAGAUCGGAAAGCUUCUGAAAUCCAAUACGAUACACGACAAUCGAGCCCCAGACUAUGAUGACUGGGAAUUGAAUGGAGAUAUACUAGUUUAUAGUGAACACGACGAUAGAUGUAUAGAAUUGUCAUCAUGGGUAUCCGAGUGGAUGAGUUGUCAAUGGAGAGACAGUUGA